AUGCGUCCACAACUAGACACUCUAAUCAUAUCAGAUUCUUAUCAAAUGGAACAAAUUUUUAGAUGCUCAAAUAUUGAAAAUCAAGGCAUUGACAGUGAAAAGGAGAUUUUGCUCCCAAAAAUGAAACUUAUGAAACUUCAGAACUUGCCAAGGCUUGUUAAUGUCUGCCAAGGGUUUAAGUUGCAAACAUGGGAGUUUUGCACUGUUGAGGUUCAUGACUGCCCAAGACUUGUGCCAAUUAUGAGUGCAAUUAUUGAUUGGACUAAAGAGGGACUUGAAAGGAAGUAUGUGUUGAAAGACAGCCAGUUAAAUAAUAAUAAGGCUUUCAAUCGUUCGCUUCCUAUUCUAUAUGCUGGAGAACUUGAUACUCAACGUCCUAGAGUUGAACACAAGUGGCGAGUGAUUGGUGAUGAUGAGCGAGAAGAAACCAACGACUCAGAAAUGUUGAGGUCAAAACAACAAAUGCUGGGAGGUCUUGUUCCCACAGAAGUUUUGAGCUUCCAAUAUCUUUGUUCCUUAGAAAUAACUCACUGUAAAAAGCUGAAGUUCGUAUUCUCAAUGAGCACUAUUGUCCACAACAUCCUUCCCAAACUGACUUCGCUAUCCUUAUUUGAUUGUGAGGAACUAGAGGAAAUAAUUGCAGAAAAUGAGGAACAUCAGAUCCUGUCCAACGUUCAAGUGCAAUAA